AUGACCGUCACCCACAAACUCUUCACCAUUGAAGGCAAGGGCCUCAAGCUCGACACCGCCGCCGAUGUCGAGCCUCACAUCAAAGAUCUCCGAGCCAACGACGUAGAGGAGGUCAGGCUGCUCGGAAAUACCCUAGGCGUCGGGGCUUGCAAGGUCAUCGGAGAAGUCCUGGCCACCAAGAAGAACCUCAAGGUCGCGAAUCUUGCCGACAUUUUCACAGGCAGGCUGCUGAGCGAAAUUCCCGAAGCGCUCUCCCUGCUUCUGACUUCUGUCCUCAACCACCCGAACCUCCACACAGUCAACUUGAACGACAACGCGUUUGGCCUCAACACUCAAGCCCCCCUCGUCGCCUUCCUCUCCGCCCACGUCCCCCUUCAGCACCUGUACCUCAACAACAACGGCCUCGGUCCCCACGCCGGCAUCCUCGUUGCCGAUGCUCUGUCACAGCUUCACGCCAAGAAGGAAGCCGCCCGCAAGGAGGGCAGGCAGGUCCCCGACUUGGAGACGGUCAUUUGCGGCCGCAACCGACUGGAGAACGGCAGCAUGUCCGCUUGGGCCAGGACUUAUAAACUCCACAACAAAAUCCAGCACGUCAAGAUGGUGCAGAACGGUAUCAGACAAGAGGGCAUCUCUCAUCUCAUCAGUGAAGGUCUUGUCCACGCUACCAAACUGCAGACCUUGGAUCUCCAGGACAACACUUUUACCCUCACGGGCGCCAAGGCCCUCGCCGACGUCGUCACAAAUUGGACUGUCGUCCGCGAGCUAGGUAUCGGCGAUUCGCUUCUGAGCGCCAAGGGCAGUGUCCUGUUUGCAAAGGCUCUGGCCAAGGGCAAAAACCAGAAAGUCGAGACUCUUCGUCUGCAGUACAACGAUAUUACCGCGCCUGGCGUCAAGGCCUUUGCUGCCGCUGCCAAGGAUGCGCUGCCUUCCCUUAGGCGCAUAGAGUUGAAUGGAAACAAGUUUGACGAGGACGACGAGUCCAUCCUCUAUUUGCAGAAACUUCUUGACAAGCGCAAGGAGACGCUUGCCGGAGAUGUCAUCAACGAGGACGAAUGGGGAGUUGACAGCUUGAGCGAUCUUGAAGAACUCAGCGAGGAGGAGGAGGAGGAGGAAGAGGAGGAAGAGGAGGGCGUCACCGCCGAGGAGCGCGCCGAGAAACUAAUCAAGGAGGCCGAGGAGGCUCGGGAGGAGCCUGUCGUCCAGCUCAAGGACAAGGAGGUCGAGGCUCUUGCUAAGAAGCUGGAGAAGACCGACAUUUAG